GGUACAGACAAAGAAAUGUUUUCAACGUGCAUCAUUUCUCACUCUUAACAUUAUAAUACAAGAAUAUGCGCAUAACAUUGGACACUUUAUAUCAAACAAGAUGAUUUGCUCUAGAAAUAUCAAAGAGCUGGAAGAAAAAGGAUACACAGUGGUACCCGGUGUCAUUUCACAAGAUGAAUGUGAUACGUAUAUAGAACAAUAUCAUAAAUGGCUCACAAUAUUCGACGGGAAAUGGCCGAAGUCAGAAUUUGGCCUCAUUAGAGGAUAUAAUACAGGUCAUUUAGAGACAACAUGGCGUAUUCGUUUCAAGGCGAAAUCUGUAUUCUCUCAGUUAUGGAAAACAGAGAAAUUGAUGACAAGUUUCGAUUCAAUAGCUAUUGGUCGACCGCCAGAAGAAGGGGAGGAGCCAUUUGACGGUGGAAACUCUCACUGGCUACAUCUAGACCAAGAGGCGUGUCGUGAAGGUCUCCAUGCCUACCAAGGUGGAGUCUAUCUUGAAGAAGCUUGUGAAGACGACUGGACGCUACAGGUUAUGGAAAAAUCCCAUAAAGUGUUUAAAAAAUUCUUUGAACGAAACGAAAUGGCAGCGGAACAGUCAAAUAAAACGCAGUUUUUUAGGUUGUCGGAAUCUCAUGUCAGAUAUUUCGAACAAAAGGGGUGUAAAAUUAAAAGGGUACCCGUGCCUAAAGGUGGGAUGGUUCUAUGGGAUUCUCGUGUAGUUCACGCCAAUGCUCAACCGAAAGAAGGUCGGACGAAUCCCGGGAGAUGGAGGUAUGUUGUACUCGUAUCAAUGACACCUGCCAAGUGGGCAUCUGAUGCAGAUCUUGCAAUUAAACGGGAGGCAUACGAAGGUGCUAAGAUGACUGUCCACUGGUCAUCUGAGGGCUCGAUGAUACUGAGGGAGUCGGCAGCCAGCAGAAUACAUCCAAAAAGCCUUCCCAGUGUGGCAAUGACAGAGGAAGGGCAGCUUCUUGCGGGAGUCAAACCUUAUGACUUUGAUGAUGGGAAGCCAAAUGGCCCUCAAAAACCUGUAACGAGGAGUUCGAAGAUAAAUUGACAAAUUGUGUACAGGAGAAAUCGAUGAAAUUUUUAAUAUUUUCUCGACAUUAAUUUACAUCAUGGAAACAAUAGACAUGUUAGGGAUCAACGGUUAAAAAUAUGUGUAUUUUUGAUGUUUAUUUCCUAAGGUAAUGAGUGGACAAAUUAAGAAAGAUAAACAAUUAUGAACUUAUAUUUAUUAAGUACCUUUACUUACCGCGUCCGCUUCCAUAAUAAAGAAAAAAAAAGAAACAAUCUCGUAAAGCAACUAUCUUAUACUUUAUUUUCACUUAUGUAUGAUAACCAACUUGUACAUAGUAUCUGUUUAUUGUAUGAAAUGAUAUGUAUAACAGUACUAUUAUUGUUUAACACUAUUUGUGGCAUCCAAUUUCAAAACAUUGUAAAAAUCAUAUACUAGUAUAUUGUUGGUCUAUUAUGUCCUUAGUCUUCUUAAAUUACAUACACGAAUAUAUUUUUGUUCUGAUAAGCAUAUCACAGGUUUAAAACGUUUUGAAUAACUCUUAUAGAUAGACAGAUUCAUUUCGACAAAGGAAAACAUAUCACAAUGCAAAAAAAAAAACAACAACAAAAAACGACAACUAUAUUAUGUACGAGAAAACCAUCGCAUACUUCCGAUUCCCAGGAUAUCACAAUAAAGAGCAAACUCUUAUUUCCAUCGUGGUCCUUGGAACAGGUGGUGUGGCAAUUAUUAAACAUUUUAUCCCCGUACCGCCAAUAUCCGAUCAGUUAACUGAAUUCGUCGUGCGCAUAUUUUUAUACAAAGAAAUAUCGCAAGGCAAACGAUUAAAUUGUAAAAAGUAACCAUUUUUACAAUAAAUUUAAGACAUAAAGUUAGUACUCACCAAACCAAUGUUUUUGUAUCGGCAAAAGUUUAUCCGGUGGCCAUUUUGUUUAAACUCCAGGGUCACGACCUAUAUUCGAUCAAGGGAAGCUACUCCAAUAAUCAGUCUGUUAUAAUUACACUGCACACAUAAAAAAGCGCUGCACACAAAUUUAAACUGUUAGUAACUGGUAAACAAGUGUAACUUUUGAAAAAAUGUAAUUUGAACACUAUUUUAACAGUCUUAAACAUAUUUACAGUUUCUUUUUUUGCUUUAAGUUUACUGUUCAUUUUCUAUGUUUUCACAGUUGGGGCACAGAAAUGGAGCCCCACACCUCAAAACUCUUACAGGGGUGCAGAAAGCAAGGUGGACCCACCCAUUACACCUGUCACAACACCCCCACUUUACAAUAAUGAUGAAGGGAAAUUUAGUUGUGUCAGGGGAGAACUUCUUGCAAAUUAUGCAUUUUUCCUCUUCACCUAUUUCUUCUUCACUCUCACUGUCAAUUGUAAUAGCAGCAUGCUGAGACUUCCUGCCCCUUUUUACAGGAAGACCGGAUGUACUGGCCACAGGAGAUUUCACAGUUUUUCUCUUACUGUUGCUACAUUUUUUUCUGUUUAUCAUUGUGGUCCUUGAUUUUGUCAAUUAUUUCUUCUUCUGUGAUAGGUUUUCCACCAAUAACUUUGCUGAGUGUCUUUCUUUCUUUUUUAGCACUUUGAACAUUUUCAAGGAUUUUGCCACCUUUACGCAAUAAAAAGUUUUCAGCUGAUUUUGGCACAUUGGAGUUUCCUGAACUUUCUGUGGGUGGAGGAUUCUGGGAUUUGAAGGUCGUGGCUAGUGCUACUACUGAAUCACUGACAACUGCUGAAUUGAAUGGAUGGAUUCCGCAUCUCUUGAAAGCAGCAACAAUAUUUGUGAGGGUAGAUGAAUAUACCUUGCAGGCUAGUUGACAGACAUCAUAUCUGGUUAUCAAUCGCCCGCCUGACUCUCUCAUGUACUUCUGGCAAGCAGAAUUCCAGGCAACCUCGAAAGGGCCAAAACAGCUCACGUCAAGGGGCUGGAGGAUGUGUGAACAGUGAGGUGGCAACACAAACAAUAUGAUUUUCUCUGACUUGGCCCAUUCUAUCAGUCCAAGAGAGCAGUGUGACUUGUGACCAUCAUACAGAACUAGCACAUAGUCAUUAUCACGUGAAGGAAGGUAUUUCAGCAAAUGGUCUUUCAUGUACUGACAGAAAAUUUCAGUAUUUGACCAUCCAGUUGGUGAGACUGUGCCCUUUGAUCCUGGAGUAGAGCCUUCCAUCAAUCCAUCAAUCAUGCGUGCACCUGGGAAAAUAAAAAAGGGCGGAACCUGUUGUCCAAUCCCGUUGACACACCCAAUGACAGUAGUUGUCUUGGACUUGCCUGAAGUUACAGCCUGUGUCUUGUUAAAUUUUCCAGCGACAACCUUUGGUGGCUUAUGUUCAGUAUUCAGUCCUUUUUCAUCCACAUUGAAGAUUCUGUUCGGUUUAUCUUCAAGAUCAUAUUUCACUAAAAUU